GAGGAGCGACACCGGCCACCAGGAGGAAGAGGGGAGCCGAGAGGGCAAAGGAGCCAGCAGCGGAAGGCGGAGGGAGGAAACAGGAAACAGGAAAGGCCGAACGGCACCGGGGAGAAAGGACCGACCGAAGACAGAGAAGGGAGAAGGCGGGGGAAACGCGGGGGAGGGAAAGCAAGAGGCGGAGCGGACAAAAAGGAGGAGAGGGCGACAGCGGGGAAGGGGGAGGCAGGAGCGGGGGGCGAAAAAGAAAGAGAGAAAGAGGGGCGAAGGGGAGGCCCGAGGAAGCGGGGGGGCAAGGGAGGGAAGAGAGGCGCCGAACCGGGCGGCCGAAAGCGGGGGGCAGGAGCGGGAAAGAAAAGGGCAGGGAACGGGGCAAGGAAAAAGGCAGGGGAGGAGGACGACCAAACGAGAAGAGGGGGCGGAAACAGGGAGACAGACAGGAAGAAGAGACAAAAACGGGGCGCGGGGCGGACAGGGAGGGAACGGAGAAAGGCGGGGGGAAGGAGGAGGCAGAGAGAGGACACCCGGGAGGAGGCCGGGAGGCGGCACGGGAAGCGGAGGCAAAAAGCAAAGAGAGGAAAAGGGACAAGGCCAAAAAAGGGGGCAGCAAGAGGGAACAACACGGGGGCCACCCCGCAAAGGCGGGAGGAACAGCCGCCGCCAAGAGAGGAGGCACGAGACAAAGGGAAGGAAAAGGGAAGGGAGGCAGGAAGGCCGCAACAGGAGAGAGAAGGGAGGGGGAGAGAGGGAAGGGAGAGGCCACAGAGCGCGGGAGGGCCCGAACAAGAGGGGAGGGAAGAGAACAACACAAGCGGAAAAGGGGACGGCGGGGCGGGAAGAGAAAGCGGAGGAGGAGGGGGGGACCAGGGGGAAACCCCAAGGAACAGGGGGAGAGAGAACCAGCCAGACCGGGAGAGGCGGAGGCGAAAGAGGGAGAGGGAGGCGAGGCAGAGGGGGGGGAAGGAGGGGGAAGGGGCACCCGGGAAAGAAGAGAGGCGCAAAGAGAAAAGAGAGGGGGCGAAAGGGGCAAGGAGAGAGAAGGGGGGCGAGGGGAAGAGAGGCGAGAAGGGGCACAAAGGGGGCGAGGGCAACGAGGGGGAAAGGGCGGCAGGGACCGGGGCGGAAGCAGCAAAGCCGGAGGGGGGCAAGGGGGAACGGAGGGAGGAGAAGCGAGAGGAACCAAACAGGCGCGGAGGCCGGGAGCGAGGAACAGGGACGCGGAGGAAAGCGGGGGGAGAAGAGCCCAAGGCAGGCGGCGCAGAGCGGGGGAGGGAGACCAGGGCAAGGGGACAGAAAAAGAAGGGAGGAGGGAAGGAGGAACACGGAGGGGGGCACAGGAAGGGAGGGACAGAGGGCGGGCCGCGGGGGGAGCCGAAACAAGGAGAAGAAAGGCAAGGGACAGGGAGGCAAGCGCGCAAACCAGCCGCAAAGGAAGAAAGCAAAGAGAGAAAAGGGGAACCGCCAGGGGGGGAAGGGCAAGCACCACGCCAAGCGCGAACGGGGGGAGCCAAACAAAGGGACCACAAGCAGGGAGACAGGGGAAAGGACCAGCCAAGGGGGCAAAGGGCAACCGCGCGGGGGAACGAAAAGGAGAGGAAGCAAGAGAAAGAAGGGGAGGAACGAGGGACGCACGGGGAGGGCAAAAGCAGGCAGGAAAAGGCGCGAGAGGGGGGGGGGGCGAGGAAGGAGCGACGGGCGAGAGGGGGAGAAAGGGGGGCGCCAGACAGCCGAGAGGCCGGAAGGGGGAGGGGACGAAAACGGGAGGGGAGAGAGAGAAGGAAGCACGGGGAAGGGAGAAGGCACAGGGGAAAACGGCGGAGGGGAAAGACGACGGGCGCAAGGGGGGGGGCAAAGGCAAGGGGAGGGCACGGGGGCGGGGAGGGAGCAAGGAGGGAAGGGGAGGCACAGAAGGGACAAGGGGAGGGGCCAAAGAGGAGGGGGGCAGGGAGAGGGGCAGGGGCCAAAGAAGAAAAAAGAGGGAGAAGCGGAGGGGCAGAAGGGGGCGACGGACCACCACAAGGCAGCGAAAGCAGGACGGGAGAGGGGCAGGGAGGGGGGGGGGGAGCCGGAAGCGCGAGGCGGAAAAGGGGGGGCGGGGGACAAGGCAAACAAGAGGCGAAAGGAAGAGGGCGCAGGGGGGGGAGGACCAGCCAGAAGGGGGAAAGGCCCGGAGGGGGCAGGAGACGGAAGGGCCGGACGGGGGAGGGGAGGAGGAGGAGGGGAGCGACGCGGGGCAAGCAGCCCAAGAAAAAGGGCCAGGAGCGGGAGAAAACAGAAAGGGAGCGGGCGACGGGGGCGGGCACGGAAGAGGGGGAGGCGAGGACGAAGCCGGGGCAAGAAGGGGAGAGAAGAGGAACCAGGACACAGGGAAGCCAGAAAGGGGAAAGAGGGGGCGCAGCACAAGGCCCAGAACGACACCGGAAAACAGCAGGGGGGGAAGAAACAACAAAGACCAAGAAGAAGGCCAGGCGAGAGAGGAAGAGGAGAGGGGCCAGGGCAAGGGAGAGCAGGGAGCGAAGACAAGGCGGACAAGAGGCGAGGGCGAAGCAGGGGCAAGAAGGGGAGGAGGAGGCGGCCCAACAGAGGAAGAGCCAGGAAGAAGACGAAGGGGGCAAGCACAAGGCCAAGGCCAACAAGGAAGGCAACGCGGCAGGGGGAGGGGCAAAGAGGGGGAAAGCCAAGGCAAGCCAGGGGCAAAAGAGGAAGAAGAACGCAAGGCGGGGGAGAAGGGGGAAGGGCGGGGGGGGGGAGGAAAGGAGGCCCAAAGCAGCCCGAGGAGGGGGCAGCAGGAAGGGAAAGGGGGGGCAGAAAGAGAAAACACGAGGGGAGGGAGAAAGGAGGCCGGAAAGCCGGGGCGAAAGAAAACGCGAGGGACGGGGGCGAGAGGAGGGGAGGACGCGGGGCCAGGGAGGGAGAGGACAAGGCGGCCCGAGACCGAGAAAGAGGGCACAGCCAGAGCAGGGGAAGAGGCGGGAAG